GCCAGUGGAGUAGAACCGUGAAGGGGGCCUUCACCUUUCAAGGAGGACUUGGAAGAUUAAGUUAAACAGCCAUGCUUCAACCAAGGCGUGUGGUGGUGACGGGUCUGGGUUUGGUGACUUGUCUGGGCAGUGGCACAGCACAUGUGUGGGAGAGAGUCAUCAAAGGUCACUGUGGCCUGACUAAACUAGAUGGCAAAGAAUUUGCAGGUAUUCCCAGUCAGGUGGCAGGGCGUGUGCCCAUAGGAAGUUGUCCAGGAGAACUGAACCUGGAGGACAUUGCUUCCUCUAGAGAAAGGAGAUCCAUGGCACAGGCUACAUUGUAUGCUCUAGCAGCAGCUAGUGAGGCCUUGUCAGAUGCCAACUGGAAACCAGAGACUGACAAGGAAAGGCAGAGAACAGGGGUAGCUGUCGGCGUUGGAAUGGUUUCAAUGGAAGAAAUACAUGAGGCUGGAGCUUUACUUUCAGAUGGCAAAUACAGCAAAAUAAAACCUCACUUUAUACCCAGAAUCUUGGUUAAUAUGAGUGCUGGACACAUUAGUUUGAGGCAUGGCUUGAAGGGCCCAAACCAUGCAGUGUCCACAGCAUGUUCUACUGGACUCCAUGCCCUGGGGGAUGCUUCCAGGUUUAUACAGUAUGGGGAUGCUGAUGUAAUGGUGUGUGGGGGGACAGAGGCAUCUCUGUACCCCCUAGCUGUAGCAGGGUUUGCCAAAAUGAGAGCACUGAGCACCAACUUCAAUGACACACCUGCUAAAGCCUCGAGGCCAUUUGACAAAUCACGCGAUGGUUUUGUAAUGUCGGAGGGUGCUGGUAUUGUGGUUUUAGAAGACUAUGAGCAUGCGGUUAACCGAGGAGCUAAAAUGUAUGCUGAAGUACUUGGAUAUGGAUUAUCUGGGGAUGCUUACCACAUUUCUUCACCUUCCGAAGAUGGGACUGGUGCACGCAGCUGCAUGGGAAAUGCAAUAAAGAAUGCUAAUCUGACACCAAAAGAUGUGACAUACAUUAAUGCUCAUGCUACUUCAACUCCUCUU